AUGAACGACUGGACUUCGACAGUACUCUGCAAAAUAGCAGAAAAAGCGUGGGGAACUAAAGUAGCGAGACAGUGCCAAUGCAAUGGUAAAGUCGAGUCCCAUGGUGAAGGGCUCCAGGGAGUACGAGUGCACAUUGAGGCGACCAUAAGGAAGCAUGGAAAGACUCUGGAAGAAUUUUAAGAGUCCUUAAAGCAAGUAUUGCACUUAGCAUGUUAAAAUUAGUGUAGGACCCACCGUUAUUUGGGGAACAUUUGUUUGUUAAGAUAAGCGAUUUAGUUCCAAAGUAGCUUUUGAAAUUUUUAAACUGUAUUUUGUGUGUGUGUGUGUGUGUGCUGUUCCUUUAUAUGUAUUCAGCAAUUUGAUUGCAUAAAUGAGAAAACGGUUCUAAAUGACCACCUAAGAAAAUUUUUAAUUUGCACUGCAUUAAUUAUGUAGGGUGAAAUAAUUUCAAAGCUCAGUAUCUGUGUCCUUUAAAAUAACAAAUGUCUGAAGAGUUUUAUAUGCACUGUGUGUUCAGAAUAAAUUACUACAUGUGUAACAUUUCUAAUCAGGAAUACAUUGUGAAAUAAGUGUCUUUAAACUUUUCAGAUAUCUUUAUUUAAUACUUUACAAUACUGCUCUGCACCAGAGAAGCAUGAGAACACAAUUCUAAUUGAAGGAGAGAUGAUAUAUCCAGAAAAAGCAAAUGGGCUUCAAAGCAAAAUUGAUGACGUUUUCAACAAAAUCGCAAAGCUAAUUCCCAACGUCAACGUUACUUCUUUCAAAAGUUGCACAAAUGGGAUAACCAGUAAAGCUUCCAUUAUAAAUCCCAGAUCACAGUAUUGCAUUGGUGAAAAUCUUGUGAUUCAAUGCAACAUGUAUGACUACUUAGGCAAUAGUAAGACAUAUGGAGGGGACUUCCUAAGGUCAAGACUCUAUUCUAAAGAGCUCGGAGCUUCUGUGUCUGGAAGAAUAGAAGACUUUAACAAUGGGACUUACCAUAUCCGCUUUCCCUUAUAUUGGAAGGGAAAGGUCCAGGUUUCUGCUAUACUGUUCCAUCCAAGUGAAGGAAUUGCUGCACUCUGGCGAUCUAGGCAUUCCAGUUCAGGGGUUCUUGAAUAUGAAGGCAGAUUUGUAAAUUUUACUCAAGAUGAAAUAACAGCAUGUGGCUUCAAACUUAAUACAGACAAGGAGUUGUGUGAAUACUUGGAUCAAGAUGAUGAAGAAGCUUUCUACUGCAUCAAACCUUCCAACCUGCCAUGUGAAUCAUUAAAUGAGAUGAGAUCAAUUGUUAUUCGUAAAUCACAUCUCACAAAAGAGGAAACAGAACUGUUUAAAAGGUACAAUUUAUGUUUCAUUUUUGCUUUACUGAUUUAUUUAUUAGACAUGAAGGCUCAUAUUAUGCUUCUCACCCACAGCAACAAAGUAUGUAUAAAUCAUUUCCAACAACGUGCUGAAAGAAAAAAUAUCAUAGCAUAUUAGCCAUAAUAUUAAUUCUGCUUUAAGUAGUUAAAUCUUCAAUUCAAUCUAAUUUUCUUUCCUGCUCUUCUGUCAGAUUGCUAUGUGGAACAGGGCAACCUCUGUGUUCCAUCAGCAUUAUUGUGUAUUAUGUUGCUCAGUAUUUAUUGUCUGCUCUUUUAUUUUGCAUUCUUCCCUUAAUUGCCCUCUCUCACUUCAAUAUCUGCAUGUCUCUCUCCAUCCAUAAUUGUUGUUUUUUUCAUCUAUACCCAGACUUUCUAUUUCAGUCUGAGCCCCAACAAACAUACUUAGAAGUUGCUCCCAAGGACUCACAGCCAGCACAUCUUUCCCACCCUCCCCAUGGUACUCACUACAUUUAUAGAUAGUUCAAACCACCUGGUUUUCCACACACACCAAUCAUGCCUACCAUCUUCUCCUCCUGUAAUACCUCCAUUUCCACACCACAGACAAGUUAACCCUUCACUCCUCCAUGCUCUCCUAUGGACCUAGUGAUUUAGAUCAAAGCAAACUUUGAUUAUUUGUCUAUCUACUCCUUCCAAAUUGAUUAAUGUGUGCACGCUCUUCCUAGAAGUAAUUCACACCAGAGACAAAGUUUCUGAUUAGUGAAAAACCUGAGGAAUCCUUUAUUCCCCGGAGUGGGAGCUCCUUUUAAAGCAGAAAUACAUCAUGUACAGAGUCACAGUUAACAUACAGUAUUCAUUCAACAAUUGGUUAACAGUCUAAGGGGUCUUGUCUGAACCCCCCCUACCGGAUGUAAUGUCGUCAUUACAGAGUUCUCCCACCCAUAUUCCAGCUCCAUCUUGGUUACACGAUGGGAGGGGGAGUGAGUAGUAGUUACUGAACUGAGAGGGGCUGAAGAGGAAACAGUUACUUUAACAGCGAUGUAUGAAAUGUCGUAGGAUGGCGCUGCAGCCCCGCUGCAAGCAUGCAACUCACGGAGGGGGCGCCUUCAACCGUGGCACACUAAGUCAACGCGCUACUUGCAGAGAUGCUCCCGUUCAGCUAAAUGCUGCUGGAGGAAGUCCCGCACCUUGUCAGACUUCCUCCAUUAUAAAUUCAUAUAGCACAGCCCUCACCCUUGCUAAAUAAUCCUACUUUUAAUCUCUUGUUAGUUCAUGCUCACGCAAUCCCAGGCAUCUCUUUAAUACCUUCAACUUUCUCCUUCGCCCACCGCAAGACACCCUUCAAACUGACCUUUCAGCAGAUAGCCUUGCAUGCUAGUUUACCAACAAGAUUGAACAACUAAGGAAAGAAUUCUUCCUCCUUUGCUCCUCUCUUUUGCAACCACCAUCGACCGGACCUUCUCUACCCUACAGACCUUCUCCCCAGCUCUUUCAUCUGGUGUUGUCCCUGCUCCCCUUAAGCAUGCUAUUGUCGUACCCAUCCUAAAAAAGCCAUCUUCCCCUUCCAUCUAUCAUCCUUCCUGCUUCCUUUUUCCUCAAAACCUCUAGAAAGACUUGUCUUUACUCGUAUGACUCACUUCCUAAAUUCCAACUCCCUCCUCGAUCCUCUUCAAUCUGCCUUUCGCCCCCUCCACUCCGAGACUGCUCUUAUUAAAGUUACAAAUGACCUAAUCACAGCUAAAUCCAAAGGCCACUAUUCCAUACUAAUUCGUGUUGACCUCUAUGCUGCCUUUGACACUGUUGAUCAUGGCUUCCUUCUCCUAACUCUUCAAUCUCUUGGUCUCUGUGACACAGCCCUCUCAUGGUUCUCCUCCUAUCUCUCCCAAUGCCCUUCAGUGUCUCUUUUUCCAACACCUCCUCCUCUCCUCGUCCUGUCUCAGUCGGAGGCCCUCAAGGUUCAGUUCUUGGUCUCCUUUUGUUCUCUUUCUAUACUGCCUCUCUUGGAAAACUCAUUAAUUAAUUAAUUAAUUUAGAUUCUACUACAACUUGUACACUGAUGAAACCCAGAUAUAUCUCUCCUCCUAUGACCUCUCCCCUGCUGUCCUACAACAUGUCCCCAAUUGCCUUUCUUCUCUCUCUGAUUUUAUGUCCUACCGCAUUCUGAAACUCAAUCUCUGUAAGCCUACUCAUAACACUGAUCCUUCUCCUUCACUCUCCUUGCAGGUUUACAUAACCUGUCUCACCCCAUCCUUUCAAGCUCGCUGUCUUGGUGUAAUUUUUGAUCCUGGCCUCACCUUUGUGCCUCAUGUCCAGUCUGUUGCUAAAACCUGGUGACUCCAGCUUAAAAACAUCGCCCAUAUAAACCCCUUUCUUACACAAGAUGCUUCCAAGGAGCUUGUUGAUACUCUAGUAAUCUCUCCCAUUGGAUUACAGUAAUCCCUUCCUAAUUGGUCUGCCCAGAAGCCGUUCUUCCCCCCUACAAUCUGUGAUGAAUGCUGCUGCCAGGCUGAUCUUUUUCUCUUGUCGCUCCUCUCACACCUCACCCCUCUGUCAAUACUUACACUAGCUUCCUGUAUCCUACAUGUUUCAAUAAAAAAUACUAACCCUUACCUAUAAAGCCAUAACCAACUCUAGCCCCUCUUACAUUUCUUCACUGAUUCAUAGGUAUGCCCCUUCUCGGUCUCUCCACUCUACUGGUGACCUUCUCCUGUCUGCUGCUCGCACCCUUACUGCAAAUUCAUGCCUGUAAGACUUCCCACAGGCUGCUCCUUUUCCUUGGGAACAGCCUGCCUACCCCUGUCAGAUUCUCCGCUAGUCCUCAAUCCUUUAAGAAGUCCCUCAAAACCCAUCUUUUCAGGAAUGCUUAUGGCAUCCAAGAGUAACUUCUAUCUCUCAAACCUUCCUCUUGCUCUCUUCUAAAGGGCCACAAUCCACUCCCACCUCCAGUUCUGACUUUCCCACCAUGUCUAUUUGCUGUCUCCCUCAAUACCCUUCCUAUUGUGUUUUUAUACUCCACAUCCUCUAGAUUGUAAGCUCGUUUGAGCAGGGUCCUCAACUACCCAUUGUUCCUGUUACAUUUUGUUAUCGUCUCAUUUGGUAAAUUCCCCUUUUAUUGUAAAGCGCUGCGGAAUAAGCUGGCUCUAUAUAAAUAAUAACCAAUAAUAAUAAUAAUAUUACUAUUAAUAUUUUUUUUAAUAUCUUUUUUUUUUUUUAUGGUACUUUUGCUUUUUAUAUGCUGCCUUCAAGCCAUGGAUUCCUCUUUGUGUUUUCCCCUCAUUCCCCAAGUCGGCCUUCAUCACCCCAUUCGGCCUGUACCAAUUUAAGGUAAUGCCAUUUGGGAUGAAGAAUGCCCCAGCCACCUUCCAAAGGAUGGUGGACCGACUGCUAGAUGGCCUCUAGGAGUAUGCCUGUACAUAUGCAACCAUAUACAACGACAUCUGGGAGCACCCCGACCUGAUGCCAAAACCGCAAGGGAAGCCAUGGCGCAUGCCUUUCCCUUGGUGGCCACCCAUUCGAAAAGAUGAACGCCAUCCAAGGGGCGCAUUCGCGGAUCGCUUCCCACCCCGUUCAUUUUCCGAACGGAGACCUCCAUAGUGACCCAUUAGAAUGUUCACACCAAUCAGUUAAAACAUUUGCACUUGCAACAUAAGUGUGAAAUCGCCAGGGAAGUAAUUUUAAUGAAUGCUACUCUGUGUGUCUGCCAUUUCGUAUAGGUGAAUGGCACGCAGGGGGAGCUUUCGUAUCCCGAAAGAUGCUUCCCUUGCCUGGUUUCACACAGGGUCCCUGCAAACAGAGGCUGUUCGAGGCAGGCACUGUUAUGGGGAUCCCUGGGAUUGGUGUGGGCAUCCUUUGUUGACAAUGGCUGGUUUGGCAGGCUUUCUGUAACUGUGAGUCAAGGAGGCAGAUGUUUUCCCAGGACUCUCAGGUAUAGAGGAUAUUGGGAAGAAGACCCCCUGUCACCGGAAAUGAGAGACCCUACAUUUGGGUGGCGGAAACAGGGGAAAAAGGGAUUCCUGGGAAGAAGACCCCCCUGUCAUCAGAAGUGGGAAACCUGUGCUUGGGUGGCAGGACAGGGGACAAAAGGACUGGGACUCACACAGCAGACGCCUGGGAGGGGGAGGACCCUGGGAUUGUGUGGUAUACACCCCUUGUAUGGGGUUUUGUAUAAAAGCAGUGUGUGGCCAAAAGGUGAGGGCAGGCAGCUUCAGGCCUGGGGGGGGGGGGGACAAAUCCAGUCAACUGGCCUAUUGCACCAUCAGCUCACCAUCCAUGCCCACCUUUUCUUGGUUUUAUAAUGGAUAUUGAUGUUAUGCUAGUCAGUAGCCCUUUGCAAUACCCACUCCUUCGCGGCUCCGACUUUCAGUGUUGUCAGAACGCAGGCUGAGAAUCUCAGAGCCUGUGCGCUGAGUCACUAAUUGAGCACCAGAACCACGAGGGAGAGGAUAUGAUCUGACUGCACUUACUGCUGGCCCGUACCAGUGGACCACCAGGGAAUCGUUUAAAUUGAAUAUGCUGGUGUCCCCAACUUGUGAGCUGUGUUGGCCGCCAGGUGCCUCUGUUGUCACGGCGCCCUGCAUGACCGCACAGCUUGCACAGCCCAAAGGCUGGCUCUGCUGACAGACACACUGGCACUCACUCUCAAUAACACACACACACACACACACUCACUGACAGGCAGACACACACAUUCACUGACAGACAACCACUUGACAGACACACUCGCUGACACACACUCACACACUGACAGACACACAAACACUGACAGAUACACACUCAGUGACACACUUAUUAAUAAACACAUACACACACACUUACGGACAGAGACACACACACACACACACUGACAGACACACACUCACUGACAGACACCAGUGCCAUCUUAACAACAUUAUUGGCCCCCGGGCAAAGCAAUGCACUGGGGCCCUGCCUACAUAACUCACAGGAAUAAAAACAUAAAUUAUAGAUACAAUUAAGUUUAUAUUUAUUAGUACCUACUACCUCCAACAAAUGCAAUACAUACAUACAAUACAUACACAGACUGCUGAAUACAGUCACAGACUGCUGAAUACAUACAUGCAACGACUGCCGAAUACACACAGACAGACUGCUGAGUACACACAGAGAGUGCUGAAUACAAACUGUGGCGAAACCAACCUCGCCACUGUGAACUGGAGAAGCCUGGUUGCUCGCCUGCUCCCUUUGGACUAUGGCCCUGCAGGUUAAACCGUUUAUUUCCCCUGCAGAAAGGCUUAUUUGUGUGAUCUGAGUGCCAUUCAUCUAAUAGUGUGCACUCAGAUCCCAGCUAUCUGGGGAUAUGUGAAAUGUCUGUGUGUUAUGUGUAAAUGUGACUUUAUGUAUUUUAAAGUGUUUUGUGUCUUUUUGCAACCAUGUGCUUAAUGGAGUCUUGUGUCUAUCCUGGGAGAUAAUUGAAUUACUCUCCAGGAUAGAAGACUCUGAAACUGGUUUGGGCCAGAAAACCAUGCUUCAUUUAGUCACAAAGGACUUUCCCUUAACUUUUGAACCUCUGGUCUGAUUCGUGCCAUUUUUUAAUAUGUUGUCCCCCUGAAUGGAUUGAUUAUGAAAAUGUAUAUUUUAUGUUUGUGACAUGUAUAUUUUAGAAGUUAGAAAUAUUGUGUAAAAACUGUAUUCCUCUGCCGGUGAUAAUGAGAUUACCCAUUGUGUUCAGUAAUCAUAUCACCUGCAGAGGGGAGGAUUUUGUGUGGGAGUGUCUGGGUGUAUUAAUGGAUUGAUUGGCUGUUUUGUAACGCCCUGUGGGCUGUACUAUGUUUGUGGAUUGGGAAUAAAAGAGACUGUAUGUGACAGUACAGGGAGUUCCUAUUUUAACCCUCAAAGUGAAGUGUCGUCUCAUUAUUGGGGGAAGGAUUUAUUGUAUGCUGUUCCAGUUUGACUGCUAGGAGAGUAAACCUAUUCGUAUGGUUCCUAUUCAACUGUUUACAGCAUUCAUAUGCUUGGGAGAAUUUAUUUGUUUCUCCGGUUCGGUGAUUGUGGUGUCUGCCAGAGUGCUUGGAGUCCUCAGGAAGCGCUAGGAGCAUCCUUCAGCGGAGGUACCCAGUCGGGGGUGCCAGGUGAUCCGUUACAUUGGUGGCAAGCGGUGGGAUGGCAUCCUAGUGCGAGGUAAAGCAGCUCAGAGACACAGUUCGUGGAUUUACAAAUUGAAGGCGACGCUAGUGUUCAUACAGCGUCCCUGUCUACAUAAAGAUUUGGGAAAACCAGCACUACUUCAGAGAUGGAAGGCCGUGCAGUAUCUCACUUUGACGCCAGGCUCCAGCAGCGACUACAGGAUGUGAUGCGCAGUAUGGAGUAUCCUAUCCCAGAGGAAAGAGAGACAGAGUGGAGGGUGGCGCUUCGUACCGAUCUCUGGAAGGAGGGCAUCGACGAAAUUCGACCCUUCCGGUGCGAGGAAAUCCUGACCACUAACCAGCGCCAAGCAGAACAACUAGAGCUGCGGAUGCCGUUAUUGGGAAACCAACCCUCAGAGGAAUGGGUAAGCGAACUGGAGACGCUAGUUGAGACUGAGGUGUGGCUGGAUGAUUCCUAUCGGGCCCUGCGGUGGCAUGUUUACCACCUCUACCCAUGGCUGAUUGAGUACAAGUGUAUUGAGGGGGAAGACUACGACGGCCCUGGUUUGUUGUGGGAUACUGUUGAAACUAGUCUCUGGUUCGGAGACACCGACAUUGCUUGCUUCUGGUCCAUCCGAGCUGAGCGGGCAGACAACUGGGACCUUACAGAGAUCGAUGCCAUUCAGCCAGAUCUAUCUUUUCUUGCCAACCGAGAGUGGGAACUAGAACAGGAUUAUGUUUGCCUAUUCCAACGUAUAACGCCGCCUGUCUUUGACAUGAUGGGGCUUAUUGACUGUAUGCCACCGCAAGCAUUGAGUUUAGUUCCUCCUCCCCAGCAACCAAGCCUGUUAUCAGGAGACUUUGGUACUGUACCACAUAUGUCCCAACCAGCCCCAGAGAUGGAAGACCUUAUUGACUUGUCCUGGGAAGACACCCAGCUGGCAGGUGGGGAUGGGACCGAGGUCUCUCUACAAGCCCUACAGGGAUGCUGGGCAGUCAGCCCAGAUCCCCAGCGGCAGUAUGUAUCCCAGGGAGCAGAAGGUGCCGUCCUUCCUCCCCAGCGGCAGUGUGUGUCCCAGGGAGCAGAAGGUGCAGUCCUUCCUCCCCAGCGGCAGUGUGAGCUACAGGGAGCUGAAGGUGUCGUCCUUCCUCCCCAGCGGCCGUGUGUGUCCCAGGGAGCUGAAGGUGCCGGCCUUCCUCCCCAGCGGCAGUGUGUACCCCAGGGAGCUGAAGGUGCCGGCCUUCCUCCCCAGCGGCAGUGUGUACCCCAGGGAGCUGAAGGUGCCGCCCUUCCUCCCCUAGCUGCAGUGUGUGUACCCCAGGGAGCUGAAGGUGCCGGGCCCUCCCCAGAAGGCAGUGUGUACCCCAGGGAGCUGAAGGUGCCGUCCUUCCUCCCCAGCGGCAGAGUGUCCUGCAGGGAGCAGAGACCAUCAGUCUCGCACCCCAAUCACAGGACAAAAUAAUGAAAGGGGAGACAGCUGGUCCCCCUCUCCACCAGCAGAGAGAGUGUCAGGGAGAGGAGCCUGAUACCCCCUCUCCCCAGUGGCAGUUUACAGUUCAGAGAGAGGAGCUUGUUACACCCUCUCUCCAGCGGCAGCCUAACCCAGCAAGGGGAGAUGUUACACCCCCAACAGUGCAGAUGGAACCGUAGUCUCUGCACUUACAGCACAAGGGGUAGGGACAGUCGGUCCUGUUCCCCAGCCACAGAGCGGUGUAUCCAGAGGGGAGACAGUCGGUCUCUCCCUCCCACAACCAGGCUCCCACCAGGCUACUUCCGUGGUAGCACUGGCAUCAGGGCAGAGUACCGCUGGUCUCUGCCCACUCAGCAACCCACCAAAGCAGCCUAACAGUUGCCCACACAGUCGUGGUGAGGCACCUGGACAUGGACAAAGUUCUCCUCUACCCAGGUGUAGUAACCAGUUAUUGUGGGUGGGCUGUACUGCUGUUUCUGUUUUGUGGGUGGGUUGCUGGACUAACCAGAGCACUGACCGGCAGGAGGUCAGAUACCCUGUUAGUCUAGUUGGUAAAGGGGAGAAGUGUGGCGAAACCAACCUCGCCACUGUGAACUGGAGAAGCCUGGUUGCUCGCCUGCUUCCUUUGGACUAUGGCCCUGCAGGUUAAACUGUUUAUUUCCCCUGCAGAAAGGCUUAUUUGUGUGAUCUGAGUGCCAUUCAUCUAAUAAUGUGCACUCAGAUCCCAGCUAUCUGGGGAUAUGUGAAAUGUCUGUGUGUUAUGUGUAAAAUGUGACUUUAUGUAUUUUAAAGUGUUUUGUGUCUUUUUGCAACCAUGUGCUUAAUGGAGUCUUGUGUCUAUCCUGGGAGAUAAUUGAAUUACUCUCCAGGAUAGAAGACUCUGAAACUGGUUUGGGCCAGAAAGCCAUACUUCAUUUAGUCACAAAGGACUUUCCCUUAACUUUUGAACCCCUGGUCUGAUUCGUGCCAUUUUUAAUAUGUUGUUCCCCUGAAUGGAUUGAUUAUGAAAAUGUAUGUUUUAUGUUUGUGACAUGUAUAUUUUAGAAGUUAUAAAUAUUGUGUAAAAACUGUAUUCCUCUGCCGGUGAUAAUGAGAUUACCCAUUGUGUUCAGUAAUCAUAUCACCUGCAGAGGAGAGGAUUUUGUGUGGGAGUGUCUGGGUGUAUUGUACGGAUUGAUUGGUUGUUUUGUAACGCCCUGUGGGCUGUACUAUGUUUGUGGAUUGGGAAUAAAAGAGACUGUAUGUGACAGUACAGGGAGUUCCUGUUUAACCCUCAAAGUGAAGUGUCGUCUCAUUAUUGGGGGAAGGAUUCAUUGUAUGCUGUUCCAGUUUGACUGCUAGGAGAGUAAACCUAUUCGUAUGGUUCCUAUUCAACGGUCUACAGCAUUCAUAUGCUUGGGAGAAUUUAUUGGUUUCUCCGGUUCGGUGAUUGUGGUGUCUGCCAGAGUGCUUGGAGUCCUCAGGAAGCGCUAGGAGCAUCCUUCAACGGAGGUACCCAGUCGGGGUGCCAGGCGAUCCGUUACACAAACAUACACACACAAACUGCUAAAUACAUACACACAGACUGCUGAAUGCAUACACACAGUUCGCUGAAUACACACACACACAGACUACUGAAUACCCACACAGACUGCUGAAUACAUGCAGAGUUUGAGGGGUGCAGGUAGCAAAUGUUGUUUUUUUUUUUAAUACUACUAUACAUUAAAUAAAAUCUCUAUAUCCCCCCCACACACUCACUGACAGACACACACACUUACUGACAGACAGACACACAUUCACAAAUUAAUUUUAUUGCUUGUUGAUCCUACCUUGAGUCCUCUGGGUCCUCUCCCCGGGGUCCAGUGGCUUUCAUGAUUAUCCUGCUCCUCUCUGCUCCCUCGCACUGUAUAGGGAUGUGUGGCCGUAAUUCGUCAUAUUCCGGCUCCCGGCAUCAUUAGAGAGGGCACGCGAGGGAGCAGGAAGAUCAUCAGCACAGCCAGCGCUCCCUCGCCGCCUGCCGAUAUAUUGCUGCAGAGUAGGCACCUGCCAUCUUAGCUCUUUCGGCCGCACUGUUAGUCUGAGGAUAAUAGGACGAGGAGAACGAUAACUCUAUACCCAAUUGCUUGCUGAAAGCCCUUCAAAAUUAGACACAAAUUGAGAACCCCUGUCAGACACUAUAUUCAGUGUAACCAUGUAACUUGAAUUUCUCCUUUAUGAAUAUGUGUACGAGUUCUAGGGCGGUAGGUAGCUUCUUGAAUGGAAUUAAAUGCACCAUCUUAGUGAAAUGGUCUAUGAUCAUUAGGAUAGUGUUAAAACCUUUACAGACUGGAAGAUCAACAAUAAAGUCCAUAGCUAGAUGAGACCAUGGAAUGUGAGGUAUAGAAAAUGGUUGUGGCAAACCACCUUGCUGUCUAUGUGGAACUUUGGAAACAGCACAAGCCGUGCAAGCUGUAACAUAUUCUCUUAUAUCCCUUUUAAGAGAAGGCCACUGAAACAUUCUGGUGACAGCAAAUAUCGUUUUGCUGAUAACAAGAUGCUCUUCUGUUACAUUAUCAUGAAACACCCUUUAAUAUUUCCUUUCUUUCCUUUACUGGUAUGUACAAUUUACCAUGUGGAUUGCCACUAGGAGCCUGUGUCUGAGCUGUCACAAUAACACUAAGGAGAGGUGAAGAUAACAUAAGAACAGUAGCGGCAAUAAUGUAUUCGGUGGAAUAAUAGGGGGCAUCUCUUGCUCCUGUUCCUCCUCAGAAUCAUAUUGCCAAGAUAGGGUGUCAGCUUUCACGUUUCUUGUGCCUGGUCUGUAUGUAAUCACGUAAUUAAAAUGUGACAAGAACAGAGACCAUCUGGCUUGUCUUUAAGACAACCUCUUGGCCUCUCUUAUGUAAGUCAGAUUCCUGUGAUCAGUGAUGAUCAAAAGUAGAUCUUUAGAACCCUCCAAAAUAUGUCGCCAUUCCUUUAAGGCCAGGAUAAUAGCUAACGUUUCUCUGUUGCCAAUAUCAUAAUUCCGUUUGCUGGCAACAGCUUUCUGGAGAAAAACUCACAAGGGUGCAAAGGGGUGUACUGUUUUUCCCUCUGAGAAAGAUAAUCACCUACUCCAGUUUCAGAGGCAUCAACCUCUAGAAUAAAAGCAUCAGGGUACACAAAUAUGAGAGCAGAAGCAAACAAGGUCUUGAGAGUAUCAAAUGCUUCUUUUGCUUCCUGUGACCAUAUGUGAGAGUUUACACAGUGUUAAGUUGUAAUAGUUUUAGGUUAGUUAUGGAGGCUAUAACUAUAGAGAACCCCUUUUAUGAACCUACGAUAAUAAUUAGAAAAAAAAGGCAGAAUAUGAAACCAGAAACUUAAUGAAACCAGAAGCUGAAAUCACAUUACCCAGGAACUGAACCUAUGUCUGAUCAAAGAGGCACUUUUCAAGUUUACAGUAUAACCCAUGUUUUAGUAAAGUUUGUGAAACUUGUUUUACAUUCCUAUGGGGAGUAUAGCAAGCAGGAGAAUAUAUGAGUAUAUCGUCAAAGUACACCAACACAAAAUAUUGUUUAUAAGAUACUGAAACACAGCUGUAGCAUAACAUAAGCCAAAGGGCACGACCCCUUGGAGUCUGUCAAAUAAUUUGGAUAUGAGUGGUAUAGGAUAGGCAUUCUUUGUUGUGAUUUUGUUUAAAGCCCUAUAAUAAAUACAUGGUUACAGAUCUCCAUCUUUCUUGGAUACAAAAAAGAAACCAGCACCGACUGGAGAAAAUCUGGCUAUGUGUAGCGGAGCUCCCUGUACCCCGGCUGGGUACCUCCGACAAGGACCACUUCCCAGCUGGAACCAGGGAAAACAUCAGCGCUUCUGCUCCAGUCGCCGUGGCUUGACUGGGGUUCUCCUAGAGCCUCUCCGUUCUGGAACAGGAUAGGGGACUAGCUCUAUUCCCUACCAGGGACUGGACGACACACAGCCCUGGGAGCUCUAGUCCUUACAAGGACUUUCCCCGCUGAAUCCUUCACAAGCUGGAACAAGAUUCUGAGCAGUGAUUAGCCCCUUCCAGUAACUAGAUGACACAUAGUUCUGAGAGAACAACUGAUUUUAAUGAGCCAAACUAAUCCUUUUAUGCACAGACCCCAGCAGGAAUCUAUUGUAUUCAACACAAGCCCCUCCCAGGAAUCUCUGGGCCUGGGAGAUAAUUACGUUAAAGACUGGUAAGCUAAUUAUCUCCCAGGAACAGAGAGGCAAACACAAAAACAUAAAAAAUACCCCAUAUCAUCAUAAAAACAUACAAGUUCUCCAAAAAAGAGUUUAGAUCCAUGCAGUGUAGGGGAAAUGCCACCGUGUUAAAGUUCUGACCGGGUGCUAACGUGGGCCUAUGCCCAAAAUAGUUUCAGGGCGUUUGGUGCUUUUGCCGGUCAACCUUUGGGAGCUCCUGCGUCUGAAAUGCAGGGUGCUCCUUCUGGCUCUCAGGUAGCAUUUGUUCCCCUUAGCAUUCUCUCCAAAAAGCACUCUCCUGGCAGGUUGCAGUGGUUCAAAACCCCGGACCAAGUUGUCCGGGAACCGCACGGUCACCUCAUGCUGAAAAUAGUUCCAUAACAUUCGCGGCUAAGUGCUGCUGAAGUGACCGAGAACCCAUGAAGUCCUCAUGCCAAAAUUUAUUCCAGUACGGCCGCUGCUAAGUACCGCUGAGGAGAAUUCGAGGGUUUGGUUCAUGUGAAUGGCCGCCAGGGAGCUAGCGUUCGGUUCCAUUCGAACCAGGAGCACCGAGGGAAAGCUGCUAAUGGCAGCUGGGAAGGUUCACUCCUAAACAGGCCAGCUCCAGUAGUCCAUGGCAAACGUUCAUGGGAAGGAGCAUUUGUCACAGUAUGUGACCUUUAGACAAGGACUUGUUUAUGUAUUCCUCCAUGAUUUUGCUUUCUUGAGGGGAUAAGGUAUACACACCACCCUUAGGAGGUAUAGUGCCAGGAAGCAAAUCAGUGGAGCAAUCGUAAGUUCUAUGAGGAGGUAGAACUUCAGUAUGUACUCUGUUAAACACUUCUUUGACCUCCAAAUAUGGGAAAGGCACGUCAGUAGAAAGAAAUGCCAGUAGGUACAUUCACCGUGCCCAAUCGCUUAGAAAUGGGUUAUACACUAGACAUAAGAAUACACUCAUGUCUACAUUCACGACUCCAUUCUAAUAUUUCUCCCUUAACCCAAUCAAUACGCAGAGUGUGCUUGAUAAGCCAUGGAAAACCAAGUAUUAUGGGACAAGAAGGAGAUGAAAUAACUUGGAAGGUGAUAUGUUCCUUGUGUAAAGCCCCUACUGUUGGGGUAAAGUUUCUUGUGUGAUCAGAGGUUGGGACAGUUCUUUCUGUGAGCGGAACUACAUGGUUGGUAACAAACUGUUGGUCUAUAAAGUUCUCGACUGCACCAGAAUCAACCAAAGCAUCACAUGAGAAACGCACAUCAUUGCUUUGGACAAUAACAGAAAGCUAUUCUGAGGUGUACCAGGAGGCCAGUUCCUGUAUGGUUCUUGGGAGCGCGAGUUUUCCGGCUGAAUAGGACAAGCUAUUCUCAAAUUACCCGUUACCUGCGUGUGCAUCGACAGUGUGACGUCACACGCACACACCGCCAUCUUUAAUGUGGGCACUGUGUAACUUAGUAGUAGUGCAAUGCAAGCACAUAUGGUCUUGGAGGGCUUUGUAGAAAUCUUUCUACUGGAGCCAAAUGGACCCAGCAGAGUCUUCCCCCAAUACUAUUUGCAAGGAUUGCCUGAAAUAUUUUGAUCAAUGCAUUUUUACAAAACUGGUCAGGUUCAUGACAUUAUGCUUUCCGCCUUUCACUUAUCUCUGUAUUUCUCCUGAACAUAUGUUACCAAUCAGGGAUGGUGUUCUUGGUGACCCCAUUCUGGACCUCACAACAGUGAAACUCCUCCUCCACUGUUGAUCUCCAUUAACUUCCAUAGACGGUUGCCAACAUUUCUGAUCCAUCUUGCAGACCCAAAAGUUACAGAAGCUUGGUGCUUUUAUCAAAGUACUUGGGAAGCAUGGACUGGUUGAUACUUGGAAUGAAAAUUGGAACCAGUAUUGGCUGCUGUGGCCACUAUCCUUCAUUUUCUGAUGUUCAUAGUUCAUAGUUACAUAGCUGAAAAGAGACUUCCGUCCAUCAAGUUCAGACUACCUAACAUUUGUUUUUUGCUGUUGAUCCAAAAGAAGGCAAAAAAAAAAAAACAGUUUGAAGCACAAUUUUGCAACAAGCUAGGAAAAAAAUUCCUUCUUGACCCCAGAAUGGCAGUCAGAUUUAUCCUUGGAUCAAGCAGUUAUUACCCUACAUUGAAGAUUAUAUCCUUGAAUAUUCUGUUCUUGCAAGUAUGCAUCUAGUAGCCGUUUGAACAUCUGUAUGGACUCUGAUAAAGCCACUUCCUCAGGCAGAGAAUUCCACAUCCUGAUUGUUCUUACAGUAAAAAAACCUUUCCUUUGCCUUAGACGAAAUCUUCUUUCAUCCAGUCUAAACGCAUGGCCUCGUGUCCUAUGUAAAGUCCGGUUUGUGAAUAGAUUUCCACACAAUGGUUUGUAUUGGCCCGAAUAUAUUUGUAUAAUGUUAUCAUAUCCCUUCUCAGGCGACGUUUUUCUAAACUAAAUAGGUUUAAAUUUGUUAACCUUUCUUCAUAGCCGAUAUGUUCCAUUCCUUUUAUUAAUUUUGUAGCCCGCCUCUGCACUUUUCUAGUGCCAUAAUAUCCUUCUUUAGAACAGGUGCCCAAAAUUGCACAGCAUAUUCAAUAUGGGGUCUUACCAGUGAUUUAUAAAGAGGCAAAAUUAUAUUCUUGUCCUGAGAAUGAAUGCCCUUUUUCAUGCAUGACAAUACCUUACUGGCCUUGGCCACUGCUGAUUGACAUUGCACAUUGUUGCAUAGUUUGUUGUCUAUAACAAUUCCCAAGUCCUUUUCAUGUGUUGUUAUCCCUAAUUCACUUCCAUUAAGGGUAUACGUUGCUUGUGUAUUCUUUACGCCGAAGUGCAUAACUUUGCAUUUUUUAACAUUAAAUUUCAUCUGCCAUUUGAGUGCCCAGUCCCUCAGUCUAUCUAAAUCCCUCUGCAGCAAAGUAAUAUAUUGCUCACAUUGUAUUGUUUUACAAAGUUUGGUGUCAUCUGCAAACACUGAAACAUGACUUUCAAUGCGGUCUUCAAGAUCAUUUAUAAACAUGUUAAAUAGAAGGGGCCCCAGAACAGACCCCUGAGGGACACCACUUGCCACCUCUGUCCAUCUUGAAAAUUUACCAUUAAUGACAACUCUUUGUACUCUGUUUUUAAGCCAAUGUUCUACCCAAGAACAAGCAUUUUCAUCUAGACCGAUUUCCUUGAGUUUGAACACUAUUGUGUGGAACUGUAUCAAAUACCUUGGCAAAAUCCAAAUAGAUCACAUCCACGGCAACACCCUGAUCUAUACUUCUCCUUACUUCUUCGUAGAACGCAAUCAAGUUAGUUUGACAUGACCUGUGCUUCAUAAAACCAUGCUGAUUUUUGCUGAUAACCAUGUUCUUCUCAAGGAAUUCUUGAAUAUUAUCCCUUAAUAACCUUUCAAAUAUUUUACCAGCCACAGAAGUUAAGCUCACGGGUCUAUAAUUUCCAGGCAAGGAUUUUGAACCCUUUUUGAAUAUAGGAACCACAUCUGCCUUCCUCCAAUCCUCCGGAACACUUCCUGAAAGAAAAGAAUCUUGAAAGAUUAAAAACAGAGGUUCACUUAUUUCUGCACUUGGUUCCUUAAGUACACGUGGAUGGAUACCGUCAGGCCCUGGAGCUUUGUUUAUAUUAACUUUCUUUAGUUGCUGCAGCACCUUGUCUUGAGUUAACCAAUUACAAUUAUUCUGCAAGUUUUUAGUAGCAAUCAUUUGCACAUCUAUUGCCAUGGGUUCUUUCUUAAUAUAUACAGAGGAGAAAUAGUUAUUUAAAAUUCCUGCCUUUUCCUGGUCUUCAUUAACUAACACCCCCAUUUCAGUUUUUAGUGUACCUACACUUUCAUUUUGUUUUUUUUUUAGAAUUUAUGUACUUAAAAAAUGCCUUGGGGUUGGUUUUACCAAUUUGACCAAGGACAUGUGUACCACAUGGUCAAUGUUCAUCAAUCUGCUCUUUGACUGGUAUUCCACUCUAUGAGCGAUGAUAUGAUGUCUAAGGCUCUUGCUGUUGGUUGUUGACUGGAGAAGCUAUUAAUAUGGCUGAACUUGUGAAACUACCUUGUGCGGUUUUUCUUUCAUAAUUAAUAAAAUAAAAUUUACAAGGAAAGGUAAAGGAUCUUAACAUGUAUAACGUGGAGGAAAGACGAGACAGCGGUGAUAUGAUAGAAACAUUUAAAUACAUAAGGGGAAUCAACACAGUAAAGUAGGAGACUUUAUUUAAAAUAAGUAAAAACUAACACCACAAGAGGACAUAGUUUUAAAAUAAUAUCAGGAAGUAUUAGUUUACUGAGAGGGUAGUGGAUGCAUGGAAUAGCCUUCCAGCUGAAGUGGUAAAGGUUAAGGAAGGAGUUUAAGCAUGUGUGGGAUAGGCAUAAGGCCAUCCUAGCUAUAAGAUAAGGCCAGGGACUAAUUAAAAUAUUUAGAAAAUUGGGCAGACUAGAUGAUUCAUUUUUGCCAUCACAUUGUUCUUAUGGUUCUUUUUUGCCGUCACAUGUUAAUAUUUCAAAUCAUGUUAUUGCUAGCUAUCUGUAUGGGCAAAAUAUUUGGUUCGGUUGAGCACUUCUGAAAUUCGGGACAUUGCAAUUUGGAAAUUCGUCAAUUCGAAACUUCAGCACUUCAGUCAUUUGUAAGCAUCCCUCUCUUGCCACCACAACCACUUACACAUUUGUAGGGCUCCCUAACCUUAAUGCUUUUCUCUAUGUGUGUACUUGCAAAGCAGUGUUGACUUGCAAUUCCUUAACACAAUGAGCUAGAUAUUAUAAAUGUGUCCUUUUUCUUUUAGUGUGAGUUUUCUGCAGUUUUAUUAUUACAUUUCAAGGCUAUUAAUGUCUCCUUGUUUUAUAUUUUACUAAAUGCUACUAUACUCUUCUGAUUACUUACUGAUGCAAAAUAAGAGGAGGUAGAUUUGAAGACUUGACUACUUAAAGCAACAAUCCAUUAAAAAAAAAAAAACUAAUCGGAAAAUCAGAAGUAGUUGUUUUGGGAGCUAUAGCCCCUGGGUGCCAUUUUACUACAAGGUGUUGAACAGUUUUGGAACAGUUUAAUACCAAAGUUUGGUCCCAGAUGCCGUCCACACUGCCUCACAUUUCCUCUGCUGUUGUACAGUGCAGGAAUUGUUGUCUGGGGUGUUGGUAAUAGACUAAGACCAGCAUUGCACUCUGCACUGCAGCAUCAGAAUAGACCAUGUAACUAUCUUUCAGGCAGGGAGCGGUUAUGGUGCUUGGAAAGCUCCUUUAAAAAAAAGCAAAUAGAUAAGCAGAUUUUGAAUUUAAAAAAAGUAAAUCUUCAUAAAAACCCUAGCCACUGCAUGAUGUACAGGUUAAUCACACUGGUGACCUGCUGAUUCCAUAAACUAUGAAUGUUGCCUUUUAAAAAGCAAAAUAACAACCUUCAUUUAAUUUUCUUGAAGGUCAAAUAUUGGAGUAGAAAUUUCCAAAGAAUUCAAGUUCAUAAAUGUUGAAGACUGUAAAAGUAAGUACAUUCUUUGCAAAUCUGAUAAGAAUUUGUUUUGUCUUAAGAAACUAAAUAUGACAUAUGCAAAGCCAAAUCAAUAUCUGUAUGCCACUUUGAUUCAAAAUCAGAUGUAAUACAAUUUGAAUCCUUGAGUGUUAAAGGACCACUGUAGGCAUCCAGAUCACUUCAGCUUAAUGAAGUGGUCUGGGUGCCAGGUCCAUCUAGGGUUAACACUGCGUGCUGUAGACAUAGACGUUUCAGAGAAACUGCUAUGUUUACAUAUGGGUUAAUCCAGCCACUAGUGACUGUCUCACUGACAGCCACUAGAGGCGCUUCCGAUCUUCUCACUGUGAUUUUCACAGUGAGAAGACACUGACGUCCAUAGGAAGGCAUUGAGAAUGCUUUCCUAUGGACUGACUGAAUGCGCGUGCGGCUCUUGCAGCGCAUGUGUAUUCAGCCGAUGACGUCGGUAGGAAGAGGAGAGUCCAUGAGGGUCCAUGAGGGUGGGGGGACCUAUUAACCUAUUAACACUAUAGUGCCAGGAAAACAAGUUUGUUUUCCUGGCACUAUAGUGGUCCUUUAAACAUCUAACUCUCAUGUAAUGGGAAAAUCAGACUUUAAGAGCCAACCACAGGAGAGUUAACGUACAGCUAAUUUUCCCUACAUCUGAUAAUUUGUGUUUAUAGGGAGAUGUUUCUUCACACUGCAGGGAUUCCCAUACCAACACAUUCUGCUUGUUGAAAUAGAAAUGGUGAAUUACAUACAGUUGCAAGAAAAAGUAUGUGAACCCUUUGGAAUGAUAUGGAUUUCUGCACAAAUUGGUCAUAAAAUGUGAUCUGAUCAUCAUCUAAGUCACAACAAUAGACAAUCACAGUCUUCUUAAACUAAUAACACACAAAGAAUGAAAUGUUGCCAUGUUUUUAUUGAACACACCAUGUAAACAUUCACAGUGCAGGUGGAAAAAGUAUGUGAACCCUUGGAUUUAAUAACUGGUUGAACCUCCUUUGGCAGCAAUAACUUCAACCAAAUGUUUCCUGUAGUUGCAGAUCAGACGUGCACAACGGUCAGGAGUAAUUCUUGACCAUUCCUCUUUACAGAACUGUUUCAGUUCAGCAAUAUUCUUGGGAUGUCUGGUGUGAAUCGCUUUCUUGAGGUCAUGCCACAGCAUCUCAAUCGGGUUGAGGUCAGGACUCUGACUGGGCCACUUCAGAAGGCGUAUUUUCUUCUGUUUAAGCCAUUCUGUUGUUGAUUUACUUCUAUGCUUUGGGUCAUUGUCCUGUUGCAACACCCAUCUUCCACUGAGCUUCAGCUGGUAGACAGAUGGCCUUAAGUUCUCCUGCAAAAUGUCUUGAUAAACUUGGGAAUUCAUUUUUCCUUAGAUGAUAGUAAUCCGUCCAGGCCCUGACGCAGCAAAGCAGCCCCAAACCAUGAUGCCCCCACCACCAUACUUCACAGUUGGGAUGAGGUUUUGAUGUUGGUGUGCUGUGCCUUUUUUUCGCCACACAUAGUGUUGUGUGUUUCUUGCAAACAACUCAACUUUGGUUUCAUCUGUCCACAGAAUAUUUUGCCAGUACUGCUGUGGAACAUCCAGGUGCUCUUGUGCAAACUGUAAACAUGCAGCAAUGUUUUGUUUGGACAGCAGUGGCUUCCUCUGUGGUAUCCUCCCAUGAAAUCCAUUCUUGUUUAGUGUUUUACGUAUUGUAGAUUCGCUAACAGGGAUGUUAGCAUUUGCCAGUGACUUUUGUAAGUCUUUAGCUGACACUCUAGGAUUCUUCUUCACCUCAUUGAGCAGUCUGCGCUGUGCUCUUGAAGUCAUCUUUACAGGACGGCCACUCCUAGGGAGAGUAGCAGCAGUGCUGAACUUUCUCCAUUUAUAGACAAUUUGUCUUACCGUGGACUGAUGAACAGCAAGGCUUUUGGAGAUACUUUUAUAACCCUUUCCUGCUUUAUGCAAGUCAACAAUUCUUAAUCGUAGGUCUUCUGAGAGCUCUUUUGUGUGAGGCAUCAUUCACAUCAGGCAAUGCUUCUUGUGAAAAGCAAACCCAGAACUGGUGUGUGUUUUUUAUAGGGCAGCUGUAACCAACACCUCCAAUCUCAUCUCAUUGAUUGGACUCCAGUUGGCUGACAUCUCACUCCAAUUAGCUCUUGGAGAUGACAUUAGUCUAGGGGUUCACAUACUUUUUCCACCUGCACUGUGAAUGUUUACAUGGUGUGUUCAAUAAAAACAUGGCAACAUUUCAUUCUUUGUGUGUUAUUAGUUUAAGCAGACUGUGAUUGUCUAUUGUUGUGACUUAGAUGAUGAUCAGAUCACAUUUUAUGACCAAUUUGUGCAGAAAUCCAUAUCAUUCCAAAGGGUUCACAUACUUUUUCUUGCAACUGUAUAUAGGUGGAUACAUUUCAUUCAGUGUGUUUCACACACAUGCAAACACAACGUUCACUUUUCUCUGGAUAUCAUAAUACAGAUGUGGGCUAAUUCAAUCCCCCACCCCAAAAAUAAACACUUUAUGUCCAGCUAGCAAUAUCCCUUGUUGUAUUUUAACAUUUUAAUGAAAGUUAAAGUAUUAGUUAUGGUUCUAAAAGUGUCAGGAACCUUCCUAGAGUUAGUAAUUGAACUUUUUGCAGAUAAAUUAACAACUUACCUGAAACAGCCAGUAGCUCUCUGCACUGAGCUAGUCCGUCAGUGCAGGCCUUAGCUCAUUGGCGUGGCUCAGGAGCGUUAAUAGACUUUCUGUCCAGUAGCUUUCUUAUGUCCUAUAAGCUGUGACUAGGACAUUGUGGACACCAGCAAAGUUGUCAAACCAUUUGCAAAUGGUUUGACUACAUAUCCUGGGAGGACGCCAGUGGUUAUGGUAUUUGGAGUGUUUCUUAAAGAGUAAAUUUUUUAGGAUUCAGAUUAGCAUGUUUUAGAGAUAUAUUUAUUGCAUCCAUGUCAUCUUUGCAACAAAACAGGAGCCCCAGCUGCAACAUACCUGUGACCCCCAUCAUUGCAUACCUUUUUUUCAGACCUUUUUAACAGAUUGUUUUACUAGGCUCAUGUAACCUUGGUGCAGAAAAUCAGUCCCAAAAUUCAAAUGAAACCCACCAUGGUGUAUAAUUUGCAAAAUUAGGCAGUUAGGGCUAUUUCACAAUAUUUUUGUGAAUAAGUUCAAAAUACUGUAACACCUUUAAAGGGAUACUAUAGUGGCAGGAAUACAAAGCUCUGUUCCUGGCACUAUCACUCCCCCUGCCUCCCCUCCUCCCUCCCAUGACCCUCUAGAGUAAAUAAAGGGUUAAAAAAAUCCUUUAUUUACUUACCUGACCCCAGCGCCGAUAUCUACGUCACUGGGUCUAAGCUCCUCCUCACUCCUGCGACGAGCAGGCUUUAAUGCACAUGCGCAGCAAAUGCUGUGUGCGCAUUAGACCUUCCCAUUGGAAAGCAUUAAAUCAAUACUUUCCUAUGGGGAAAAAUCUGACGCUGGAGGUCCUCAUGCAGGGUCAGAUACCGGGCCAAACGUCCAUUUCAAACCAGGAAAUACUCUAGUGGCUGUCUGUUAGACAGCCACUAGAGGCUGACUUAGUGCUGCAAUGUAAACAUUGCAGUUUCUCUGGAACUACAAAGUUUAAUAUUGCAGCACUAAGGGCCAUAGGGACACUGUAAAAAAGACUGAGGAUUUAAUAGGCUAGAACCAAAACAGAUAAAUGAGAAGUAAAUAAUAGGCAUUUUAUUAAAAUGUUACACCACUAAAGGGAUACUAUAGUGCCAUUAAUACAAAUCUGUAUUCCUGGCACUAUCGCUCCCCCUGCACCCCCCUCCCCCCACGCGUGUGUUAAAAUACACUAUUUUUGCACAUUCAGUUGUCACUAAAAUGGGUGAAGCACGUGAGAAUAACUACCUAUUUCUAUUGCAUUAUUUUGUUUUUGAAGUGUAAACAUAUGUUGUUUUGGUUAUAACCGCUACAUCUUUAAUUUUAUAAUUCUAUUGUCAUGAAGUUUUGCUAUCAAAUUAAGGACAUGACCUAAUUUUGACAUGACUCGUCACAGGGGCAUUGCAGGAAUGGGGGGGGGGGUCUGUCUGAUAAGGACUAGAGGUGUUUAUGACAAGGACUAAGAUGGUUUGUGUAUGAGUGUGUGUUUGUUCAUAUGACUCUAUGUUUAUCUGACUGGUCUGUUUAUGUUUGUCUGUAUGUUUGACAGCAUGUAUCCGAGAAUAUUUGUGCAUAUAUCUAAGUGUGUGCAUAUUUGUGUAUCUGAGUGUGCGUCUAUGUGUUUGUAGCUGAGUGUAUUUGUGUGCAUCUGUGUGCAUCAGAGAGUAGAAAUGUAUGUCUGGAAAUGCGUGUAGCUGUAGGGGGAAUCUUUGUGAGUGUCUGGCAGUGUGUAUUUGUGUGGUUUUUUUUUUAGAAAUGCAUGUCUGUGUUUAUUUGUAUGUGUGCAUAUGUCUAUUGAUGUGUGCUACUGGACCUUGCAAAAUGGAUCUGUAUGGAGUCCACCAAUAUUUCUGAUGGCAACCCAGCUACCCAAUGACACUAUCUGAUAAAGUGCACAUAUUUAUAUAUCACAUUGAUUGAUUUUCUGCUUUUAGAACACAAAAGCAUCUCAUUGCCAAAAUGUGAAACGGGAAUGGAAUCUCCUAUUCCAAGUGGAUAUUUCUAUAAAAAUAUAUGGAAUCCAGUUUAUUGCAACAUGACCAACUAUGAAACAGGAGAUAACUUUACCAACUGUCUUCAAGGAAAGAAGUUGUUUCUCUUGGGUGAUUCCACGCUACGCCAGUUUGUAAUGCAUUUUAAUGACAUUAAAAGUAUGUUUGAUGUGUUACAUAGUUUAUUUCUUGAAUACUUCAAUAACAAACACUAGUUUUAUUUCCUUCCAGGUGCAUUAUAUAUAUAUUAUAUAACUAGUGUGUGUGUGUGUGUAUAUAUAUAUAUAUAUAUAUAUAUAUAUAUAUAUAUAUACACACACACACACUAGUUAUAUUUCUUAAUUUUUAUUUUUUUGGUAGAGCCUUAUGCUACAAAUGUUUAAAGUAUUUUUUAUCACAUUAUUCUCCACUGAAUACCCCAUAAUGACAAAUAAAAACCAUUUAUGAACAUUUUAAACAUUUAUUAAAAAGAAAAAAAACUAAUAUAAAUGUGUAGACUCUUUUCUUUGAGACACAUAAAAAUGGUGGGUAACUAGGGGCUUGUGGAUCUCUAGUCACUGCUAAUGGUGGUGUCUUGGGGGGGUAACAAUAGGUUCCCUGACAUUUUUAAUUAGGGCCCCUGCACGCCAUCAAUGGGUAGGGGCUGUGGAGGCACAAUAGGUCCCCCCCCCUUUAUUACUUAGGGCCACCACCCGCAGGCACUGGGUGGGUGCUGGGAGGAACUAUAGGUUACCACAAUAUUAAUUAAUUAACCUAUGCAUUCAUCAGACUGCAUGAAUGGCUCAUUCUUUCAGUGCACCAUUUGUUCCUUCUGCACACUCCCAUCAUAUCUGGUAGGAGUAAGCCGAACUAAUGAACGAGCACCGAAAGAAUGAGCCAUUCAUGCAUUCAUCUUUUUGAAUAGCAGACAGUGUAAAAGAAAAGACCAAACAUGAAUUGUACAUGAAUUAACAAAUGAAUGGCACAUAGAAGAAUUUUUUUCAGUGUCCAUUAGUUUGUUCUUUCACUCGGCUCCCCAUUUGUUAUUCAGUAUUAGAACGAAUGGAAGAAAAUGCUGAUUUUACAUUUGUCCAAAUAUGAAUGCUCAAAUCUAAUGACAAGUACUGGGAGACUGGUCCCAGUCCCAGGGUUAAGGGAAAACUGAAAAACAGCAAAAUGCAAAGAUAUCCAUAAUGAAAGUCUGGUUUAGAGCACUAAGGACAUCAGACUGGGCCAAAAGGUCACCUUCCAACAGGACAAUGACCCUAUGGGCCAAAGGGUCACCUUCCAACAGGACAAUGACUUUAAGCACACAGCCAAGACAAUGCAAGAGAGGUUAAGUGAGCCAGAGCCCAAACUUUAAACCAAUCGAACAACUCUGAAUAGACCCAAAAAUUACUGUUCUCCGAUGGUCUUCAUCUGACCAGACAAAACUUAAGAGGAUUUGCAAAGAUUAAUGGCAGAAAUAAGGCUGUAAUCACUGCCAAACUUAGUAGUUAGAUAACAUACUGAAUACUUAUUUGAAUUUUUUUUUUAUGUUUAAUAUAUUUGCGAUGAUUUUUAAAAAUUUUGAUUUUAUUAAAGACACAGAUGUGAGUAAUGUGCUUAUUCUCUUUCUUUACUUAAAUAACAGCAAACAAAAAGAUAAAUAAAAAAAAACGGAAAACAGGUAAACGUAACAUACAAUGACAUCACAACUGACAAUCUAAGCAUAUUCCAUGACUGGUUAUAAAAGGUGCCGUGAGCAUUCUAUAAUCCUCUUUCUUUGUAGUAACUUCAUAAACCCAGAAACCAAAUAGGAUGAAAUGAUAAUAUAAUAUUCUUAAUAACCAUUCUCUGAAGGAGAAACUGUAACAAAUCCAACAAAAGUAUAAUUGAAGAAUGUAUGGACACCAUUGAAGAAUCAAACAAAUAUUAUAUAAACCAGUGAAAUAGAUGUAACAUAUUUAAUCAAUGUAAUAAUCAGACUUAGAGUCUUCUAAUAAAAUCAUUUUUUUGCUUGUCAUUAUGGUGUAUUGAGUAAAGAUUAAUGUGACAUAUAUAUAUAUAUUUUUAGUAUAAGGCUGCAACAUUAAAAAUAUGUUAAAAGGGGGGUCUGAAUACUUUAUGAGUGCAAUUUACUGUCAUAGUUAUUUAUUAAAGUAAGAAUUCAAAGUGAAAUUUAAGGUUCAAAUAACUGAACUGUAAACAUUCUCUAAGUCAGCUAUGCUUCCAUUUCAGUAUAGGUACUCUAGCCUUACAUUUGAAAUUCACUUUGAAAUCUCACUUUAGUAAAUAAAUUGUCAAAGUUAAAUUUUUCUCCAGAUAAAAAUACCAGUAAAAGAAUAUUAGAAAUAUAUUCACAGAAUGCAGAACUGCAAAAUUACCUGAAUGCAUGUUGUUAUCACAGCUGACAUGCUCCUGUUGCUACAACUUGGGCUACCAGAGGUUCCACAGUUCAACACCCAAAGCAUAAACAUAUAGUAGUGUUGCUCUACUGCAACUUAACCAACAGCUGCUCAACCUAACAUGCCUGUGGUUGCUUCUUUGACACAGUGUGCACUGUGUGAAGCUGUACCUACAGGCAUGUUAGGUUGAGCAACAGUUGCACAGAUAACAAUAGAGUCUGGCCCUACAUGGCUUCCCAGACAAAUAAAAAAAGUGAAAUUUGACCAAUAGCUCAACUGGAAGUAUAUCUGAUUUGAAGUUUUUUUCUUAAUACAGAUGAGCUAUGUUUGCAUCAUACUUGAAAUUCAUGUUGAAUUAUUCUUGCUAUUAGUACUUUGUGAUUUUCACCUAAUCAUUGUCCUUUUUUUGCUUUUAGUAACAAACUAUCUUGGUUUUAACCAAAGGAAUUGGAACUCUUGGCAGAAGACACUUUUAGCUGUAAACAUCGACAAAGAUAUAUAUGUAUUUUAUAAAAGGCAUGCCAUCCCCCUGGAAAGCUUUCGGUUCUACUAUUUCAAAGAAGACAAGUACAUAAGUCGUCAAAUCGACCAGCUCGGUGGAGGAAUGGAUACCAUAAUUGCAAUUACGCUGGGACAACACUUCAGACAUUUCCCUCUUACUCUGUAUAUUAGAAGAGUCAUUAACAUCCGUAGAGCUAUUGAGCGUCUUUUCCGUAGAAGUCCAGAAACCAAAGUCAUAAUUAAAUCAGAAAACACUAGAGAGAUACAUGCUUCUGUUGAAAAAACUGGUGACUUUUAUGGGUACACUCAAUAUCUUGCAUUAAGAGAAGUUUUCCAGGGAAUGAAUGUUGGAUUUGUGGAUGCCUGGGAUAUGACAGUGUCAUCCGCUACAGAAAAUAUUCAUCCACCAGGAUAUACACUUCAAGGGAUUAUGAGCAUGACAUUCACAUUUGCCUGUUAGCCCUUUGAGAAGCAAUAUUAAUCCUUAAAAGGACACUACAGACACCAAAACAACUUUAGUUUAAUGAUGCAGUUUUUUGUCUAUAGAUCAAGCCUCUGAAGUCUCACUGCUUCCCAUUGGAGUUAAAUCACUAUUGUUCCAGUCUAUACAGCUUUAGUCAUAUCUUCCCUGGUGGUGACUGGCACAGCCUGCAUUAAAAAGGAUAAAAUUGUAAUCAGAUGUUAACUAACUUUAGAUGUUUUCAUCUCCUGCUCUGUAAAUUGAGCUUUAAUCAAAUACAGGAGGCUCCUGCAAGGCCUAGCAAUCUAUUAACACAGCAGGAGAUCAUACAUUCUAAAUAAAUGCAAUAAAGGAAGUGUAAACAUUAGAUCUCACCUUACAGGAAGUGUUUAGGAAGGAUGUGCAAGUCCCAUGCAGGAAGGUGUGAUUAGCGCUACAUAAACAAAAUGAUUUAACUCCUAAGUGGAGAAUUGUGCAGCGAGACUGCAGGGGCACGAUCUAUACUAAAAUUACUUAAUUAAGCUAAAUAUGCUUUAGUGUCCCUUUAAUUUAAAUGCACAGUAGGAUUAAGGAUAAUAUAGCAUAGCAUCUGGUAUUAAAACUUGCAGAACACUCUGGUGUAAAGCAUACAUCAAGAAAAAACUAUAACUGACUUUCUAGAAAUCCAAUUAGUCCAUAUAUAUUUAGUUAAUUAAACAAAGUUAUAAAAUACUGGGUUAUUCAUUAAAGUGAAUUACAAAUUUAAAGCCAAAGCAGCCAAACUGGAAUCAUAGCAGAGUAAUAAAAGUUUUCAGUUCAGCUAUUUUAACCUUAAAUUUGAAAAAUUUAUUUCUCAGGACUACUCCAAAUCCCUAAACAGCUCCAAACUAUGUAAAUGACACGCUAUAGUCUCUAGACACACACACACUACAGCCUCAAUACAAACACAAACUACCCUGUACACACCAACUACAGCCCCUAUACUUAAACAUACACAUUACAGCUCCUGUACACACCUGCUACCGCCCGUAGUCACACCCACAUGGACAUAACAGUCCCAAUACAGAUACAUGCACACUACAGCUCUCUCUAUACAACCGCUUGACAAACAUAUACACUCUUCAGCUUCUAGACACACACACUUUACAUCCAGUGAAAACACAUGCGCACUACAGUUCCUAGCCAUGCAUAGUACAACACAGACUGCUCUAUACAAACACACUACACAACAAAGAGUUGCCUCUACGCACAUGCAAUCCCACAAUCAGCCUCCAGACGCAUGUAGCACCACAGAGACAACAUUCUUUACUGGCUGUGCCCCACUUUUGUCCACCAGAGACAGGUCAACGGCAAACACAUAGCUAUGGUGUGUAAAAUAAACACAGGGCAUUGCUCCCAUGUGAGUGCUCUUCAGCAUGUCUCUCUGCAUAAGAUGCACUGGAGGGACAGCAAACUGACAUACUCAAUUUGAGGUGGUGUGAGUGUCAUUGUUGAAGACAUGACACACACCCUCUCUGUUCCCGCCCCCUUCUACUGGGCUGCACUGCCUUUAAAUGCCUGGCCAGUCCGGCCGUGAGUUUAAGGUAUCCUAUUCAUCCAAAAUGUCUAACAAAAUAAUAAUCUUUAUUGUGUCAAAAGAACAAUUAAAACUGAAGAGCAAAACACAUGAUAAUUACUUGUCUGGCUGUUUAUAUCAUAGAACGUUAAAGAUGCCCUUUUAGACCUUUAUUCCACAUUACUUAUUGUUUAAUAUGUAGUAUUUAUGUGGUAAAAAAUCUCAAGGGUCUUCAUAGAACAAAUGUGCAUGAGCCAAAAAGAAACAACUAGUUCUAAGACAACAUAAUCCUGUGGAAAACACACACAGGUAGUCUGUACUAUAUGAUCAUGGUGUAGAAAUAUUGAUACUGUGUGAAAAAAAUAAAUGCAAAAAUGCCCCAUAUUGUAGAGUCUGGCACUCAGCCAGGAAAGGCUUUAAAGUAUGUUAUUGAUUACGCAAUUAUAUGCAGACGUCAGUUAGGGAGUGUAUAUUGCUUGUGCUUGCAGACGUCAGGUAAGUUAUAGAUUAAUUUUCUUUAGUGAUUUUGUGAUUUUGGGUGAAG